AGCCAGCCUGACAAGCAGUGCAGGGAAGCACGGCGCCUGCCAGCAGGACAGGACAGGACAGGAAGGGGCAGGGGCUACCGGGCUGCCUCUGAGCAUGGUCAUGGGUUCCAGCCGAAUUACUCUAAAGAUCAAGCAUUCUGCCUUCUAUUUCCUAUAAUGGCCAGAGUUUCCUGUGCUAAGAGGAAACAGAGCAUUUCACUCAGAGGCGACUCUGCACUGGGUGAGGUGCAGCCUGUCACCUGACCAGCUCUGGAGCUGCCAGUGGCAUCAGGCUGCAUUCCUUGAAUUCUUCACCCAGCACUACCGCCACCGCAAUGAACAACUUCAGGUUCACUGAGCUGAGGGGAUUCCGUCUGCUGUGCCCUCGGAGUCCGCUGCCCGAGUCUCGCGCCCAGGCUCAAAACCUAUAGCUGAGUAACAGCAAGCUGCCUGCCUUUGAGGAGUAGCACGCAGAGAGUGUCAAAGAAGACCUCAAAUUCUGGAGAAAAAUGACCUUUCAAGGACUACAAAGUAUAUACUUCCUGCUGCAUGUUUCUGUCUUACUAACCUGUGAUAACUGAAACACUUGGUCCUGGGGCUGCCGAAGGUCAAUUGCUUAUCAAAUUUCCCAUCAUGCAUCAGCUGUUCAGACUGGUUUUAGGACAAAAAGAUCUUUCCCGCGCCGGGGACCUCUUCUCUUUAGAUGACUCUGAGAUUGAAGACAGCCUGACAGAAGCUCUGGAACAAAUUAAAAUAAUUAGCUCAUCUUCCGAUUACCAAACCAAUAACAAUGACCAGGCAGUGGUUGAAAUCUGUAUCACGCGAAUCACAACAGCCAUCAGAGAGACAGAGUCCAUUGAAAAGCAUGCCAAGGCCCUUGUGGGGCUCUGGGACUCCUGCUUGGAACACAACCUGAGACCCUCUGGGAAAGACGAAGACACUCCGCAUGCAAAAAUUGCUUCUGAUAUCAUGAGUUGCAUUUUACAGAAUUACAACCGGCCCCCUGUGAUGGCGUUAGCCAUCCCCAUAGCAGUGAAAUUCCUCCACAGAGGCAACAAGGAACUGUGCAGGAAUAUGUCCAACUACCUGUCCCUGGCUGCAAUCACCAAGGCAGAUCUUCUGGCUGAUCACACAGACGUUAUAGUAAAGAGCAUACUCCAAGGUAAUGCCAUGUUGUUGAGGGUGUUACCUGCUGUGUAUGAAAAGCAGCCUCAGCCAAUUAACAGACACCUGACAGAACUCCUGGCCUUGAUGUCUCAGCUGGAACAACCAGAACAGUACCAUCUUCUACGGCUUUUACAUGUAGCUGCAAAGAGAAAGCAACCAGAGGUGGUUCAGAAGUGUAUUCCUUUCCUAAUCAGGCAUUUGAAAGACUCAACCCAUAAUGAUGUCAUCCUAAACAUCCUCAUAGAGAUAGCAGGCUAUGAACCUGUGGCUUUGAACAGUUUUCUUCCAAUGCUGAAAGAGAUUGGUGAGAGAUUCCCCUACCUCAUCGGACAAAUGGCGAGAAUCUAUGGAGCUGUGGGGCAUGUGGAUGAAGAGAGAGCCAGGAGCUGCCUGCCAUUCCUGGUGAGUCAGCUGGCCAACAUGGAACAUUCGUUUCAUCAUAUUCUCCUGCUGGAGAUUAAGAGCAUUACUGAUGCUUUCUCCUCCAUCCUGGGCCCUCAGAGCAGAGAUAUCUUCCGCAUGAGCAACAGCUUCACUGCCAUUGCCAAGCUUCUUACCCAACAACUGGAAACUACCAAGGCCAGAAGCAGCAGGAGAAAACCCAGCAAUGAAAUUGAAUUCCCUGAGAAGCUGGAAGAAAUCAAAUUCACUGUAGCUGAAGAUGAAGACCAUGAAAAGCUCCAAGUUAAAAUACAGGCUUUUGAAGACAAAAUAAAUGCUGAGAGCAAUACUCCUAGCUCUAUAAGAAGAUAUAGUUUGGGCCAAUUUUCUAAGGAAGAAAGAAAAGACAUUAGAUUUAACAGGUCAAAGAGUUUGGCUUUGCACACUGUGCUAACAAAGAGCAUGAGUUCAGAUGAUGGGGAAAUUGUAGAGAGUGGAGAUAUGCCAGCUAGGAUCAUUCUUUCAGAAACAGAUCCACUUAGCCAAGGAAACGACAAGUUGCCCUUUAAGGCAAACUCUGACAGAUCACAGCUGAGAAAUUCUUCAGUUUCACACCCAAGUAUUAUACAUACAGAAUCAGAGAAUUUGCCAGAAACAGUUAAAGAAAACUGCCAGGAGGAAACUCCAGAAACAACUGCAAGUCCUGUAGAAUACCAAGAUAAGCUCUACUUGCACUUAAAGGAAAAUUUCAGUAAAGUAAAGGCAUACGCUGUGGAAAUCGGAAAGAAGAUUCCAAUCCCUGAUCAGUGUACCAUUGAAGAUUCUGUUAGAAGUUGUGUAGCAAAGUUGUUCUUUACCUGCUCCCUGAAGGGUCAUUACUGCCUCUACAGUAAAUCCAGUUUUAUUCUCAUCAGCCAAGAGCCUCAGCCAUGGAUCCAGAUCAUGUUCCUCUUUCAGCAGAGCCUGUUUCCUGAGCCACUGUCUAUACAGAGUCAUUCUGUACAAUUCCUCAGAGAUCUGUGGGAGAAGACCCAGGCAGACGGUGCUCACAGCUUUGAAACAGCCAUGAUGGAGUCCACAUUUCCACAGCAGAAGGAUCUGGACCAGGUACAGCUCCAUCUGGAAGAAGUGAGAUUCUUUGAUGUGUUUGGCUUCAGCGAAGCAGCAGGAGCAUGGCAAUGCUUCAUGUGCAACAACCCCGAGAAAGCGACCGUUGUAAACCAAGAUGGCCAGCCUCUCAUAGAAGGAAAACUUAAAGAGAAGCAAGUCAGAUGGAAGUUCAUCAAAAGGUGGAAAACUCGUUAUUUUACGCUGGCCGGAAAUCAACUUCUGUUUCAAAAAGGAAAGUCUCAACAAAAUGAAACCCAGCCUCAUCUACAUGUUGAUCUCUUCCUUUAUUGGAUAAAACAUUUAGUGGCUGCUUUGCAAGACUUGUGGACCUGUAGUCAUUUCUCCAGCGAUGGCUUUUCGGUUCCCUGAUGCCAUAUUUCAUCCCACCCUUCUAUUUCUUUGCCUCUCUAUGUACAUGAUAACUUUUUGUCUCAAAAUCAAAUGAUCUUGUUAUUUUCAAGACAUGCUAAACAGCAAUUAACAUGUGUAGUGUCGACCAUGCACAUAACUCAAUUGAAGUAAGAACACAGAGAACUGGGACCAAGUUUGAGUGACACCCAGUCGUAGUCAUUCCUGGUGGAUUACAGCUGCAAAACACACUGAUUAUCAGGCACAUCCCAAUUUCAGAACUUAAAAUAUGGGAGAAAAAAAAUGUAAAUAAAUAAGCAAAAGUAUUAAUUUAAGAGUUCUACAUGCAUUUGUUUCACAGUUAUCAAAACUGUAUAUAAAAGUUUUUUUGUGAACAGUAAAGCAUAUUACAAAGGUAUUUUUUGUAUUUAAAAAUGGUUAUAAUUUGCCCAAUACAUCCAUUCUCAAAGGUAUGAGAUCAGCCAUUUCUGUGAAUAUUUACCUUCUGUAUUAUUGGAGAUCUCCAGAGAAAAUAGAACAAAUAGGAUAUAUAGAGAAUGAUCUGUAAGAGGGGAUUUAUUAUAGGAAUUGCCUCACAUGGUUACAGAGGGCAAGAAGUCCACAAUCUGCCAUCUGCAAGCUGGAGACCCAGGAAAGACAGUGGUGUCAUUCUGUCCAAGUCCAAAGUCCUGGGAACCAGGGAGCCACUGGUUUUGGUCCUGGAGUCCGGAGGCCCAAGAACCAGGAGUUAUGAUGUCCAAGAGCAGAGGAAGAUGUACAUCCCAGCUCAAGAAGAGAGAAAGAAUCCUCCCUUCCUUUGCCAUCUUGUUCCAUUCAGGCCCCCAGUGAUGCCCACCCAAAUCAGGUGAGGCCGGAUCUCUUUACUCAGUCUAUUGAAUCAAAUGCUAAUCUCUUCCAGAAAUACCCUCAGAGACACACCCAGAAAUAAUGUUUUUCCAGCUCUCUGGGCAUCCCUUAGGCCAGUCAGGUCGACACAUAAAGUUAACCAUCACACUAUCUCUUUUGAUGGAAAUAAAGAUGGUUACACAAGCCAUGUUCCUGGUGCCUCCCCUCCAGUGUUCUCCUUUAUCCAUGUUCUUCUUAUGGCAGGGAAGCUAAUGGGGAAUGGGCCAAGGCGGCAGGAGUGAGGGUAUGGGGCACUGAUAUUUCUUUUAUUCACUGUCACAGAUUGGAGAGCAUGGAGGUGAAAUUAGGAUGGUGUGUAAGGAGGAAUUCCAGACCAAGAGGAGGAGCAUUUCCAGAAGAGGCCCUCAAGGUCAAUGAUACCAGAGACAAAAGGAGGGAGGAAAAGCAUCUGAUGAAGUUGUAAGCUGGGGAACUAGACAAGAGCAGAGGGAGGCACAAGGCAGAGCAGGUGGAACUGAUGAGGGCUUUAGGCCCUUUAAAGGAAGACACUAAUUCCCAGGGCCGGCUUUUCUUAGGCACUUGCCCAGGCGAGGAGAGUUCUGGUCAAUGUCCUAUAUACCAGAUCAUGUAAGGCCCUCUAGCUGUGGACUUGGCAAAACAGGCAACCAGCUCCCCCAAAGGCCUUACAGAGCCUGGUCCUGCCACGAGACCCCAGCCUUGCAGGGCACGUUCCAUAUUGACAUUCUUCUCAUUCUAUACCCCCAACCCAGUACAUAUUGAACUUGUCUACUUCAAAGAAGAACUUUCUGAUGGUAUGGGGAGGGGGAGCUGGAAAUUCUGAAACCUUAUUAUGCAUUUUUCUGUAAGAAUAUAAUCAGACACAUUGUGUUUACACAGUUCCUUAUGCCUUUAUGGGCAAACCUUUUUAAAUUUUGAAUCCAAUAGAAAGAAAAUGCAUUUCCUCUGUCUUGCGAUCAAUGAAAUGUUUAAGAUUCUCUUUGGUACUGAGAACCGAGAAGAGUUAAAAGAAGUCAAAUAAUGUAAAGAUAUAAGGUACUCAAACAAGUGA